AUGUCACAGGAUUCUCAUAACGUUAUAUUUACUUCCCACGGGAGAAAUAAGAAACGAAUGAAAUCUUCUUGGAGUUCAGAAGACGAAGACACUGUUCACCAAAAGGUGGAGGAAACAAGAGAAGAAAAAUAUGAACGUGUGCAACUUCUCCAAACACUUAUUACUCUACAAAAGCGUCCAGACACACAACGUGCAUUUGAAAUUCUCAAAGAAGACAUAUCAAAGAAGCCAUAUCUACUUCCAUUGCGAACAGAUCACAAAGGAAAUAAACAUGUUCAGUCAUUUGAACAAUUGAUGAAGCAUGCCGAUGAUUAUGAAUCGGAAUUUAGACGCCUUUUUUCAGAAACCGUAAAACCUGACAAUCCAAAUUCCAAUAAAAAAUUCAGAGAGGCAGUAAACUUAACUCCAGGAACUAUUUUCUCUGUCCAUCAAAUGGAACUGGGAGGUCCACGGCCUACGAAGGGUAGUCCACUCCCAGUAUAUUAUAAUAGCUGGAAACAAUUGACAACGCUUGAUGGCCAUAAUCAGCCAACAUAUUGUGUGCUAUUUGAUAAGACAGGUAGAAGGGUGUUUACAGGGAGUGACGACUCAUUGAUCCGUCACACCAAAGCAAUAGUGGACAUGACGAUAAACUGUAAGAAUGACUUACUUGCUACUACAUCCAAUGAUAAAACGGUCGUUAUAUGGAGUCUUGACACAUAUACUGCAAUACAUCGGUUUGGGAUGGAUGAAAUGGCGACAUCAAUCCUUUUUUCCCCAACUCCGAUUGCAGAAAAUCGUUAUCUGAUUGCGACUUCGGAUAACUGGCAUACAUGGGUGUGCAAAUAUAACGAUACUGACAAUAGUUUUGGACCUACUUCUAAAAUAAAACCCGUGAAUGCCGUUGGGUCGAAUCACAGAAUGAAAUGCACCUCAUUUAACUAUACUGGCUCAAUGUUUGCAAUUUCUGGUACUGAUGGACUUAUUCGAGUAUAUUCAACAAUUGGCGGUACUGCUUUGUACGAUAAUACUAAUAAAAAGGGUAAAAAAGCAAAAAAGCCCUUUGAUCUUGUCGAAAUAAUAAAACAGUCUCUCCUCCUUGCAGGAGUAAAAUCUUUCAAUGGUCAAAAUAUCACUCAAUCUACUCGAAAAGAAUUUGUGGCUCCAAUACAAAAUAGGCAACCGAUUUCGCCUUUAUCAAAACAUCAUAAUGCUAUUCCGUCUACAUCAAAACAACCAAUUGUUAAUACUGUAUCAUCACCGAGUAGCACCAUUUCUUUAUCUUUAGAGUCAACAUCACAAUCUCAUACAAGCUCAAAUCUUUCUCAAUCGAGUACGACAGUGCAAUCAUCUGCAACGAUCGUUUCACAGUCUACAUCAAGUCCAAUUGUUCAGACGAGACAUGUAACACAUUCUUCGUCAACAUCUGAAACUCAAGCCUCAAGACCGUUACUAAUACCUUCAUCAGGACCUAUGACACGAGUCGCCAAAUCACGAUCAAGAUACCAAAAUUCUAGAAAUAAUACUAGUAUAUCAGCACCAGUAUCACCAGGUUAUAUCAGUUCAGCCGGAGAAGCCUCGGAUACUUUAUCUGUGAAUGCCACUAGUCGUCGAAUAAAUCGUAAUAAUAAUCGUAGAACGAAUGCGAGUGCACCAGCUUCACCAGGACGUAACAUAGCAUCAUCCCGAUCAAUAAAUUAUACAAACAAUAAUGUAAUAACACCUGCUACUGCUCAAAAUGGCGAUUACGAUGAUCCAAAUUUAAUGAAUCUUGCGAAUUAUUUUGAUCCAGUUCAUAUUGCUGAUCUGGACGGUCAUACUGCCACUGUCAAUAGUCUUGAAUUUGCACAUCGCAGUAAUAGACUAUUGUCGGGAGCAGAAGAUGGUACUGCACGCGUUUGGGAAUACAAUUAUAUUUUUAAACAAUGGACCUCAAUUAUUUUGGAUGUUCGAGGGUCGAAUAAUAACGCAAAGGUGACUUCUAUGCGUUGGAGUCUUGAUGAUACGAAAGUGAUAAUUGGGAAUAAUUACGGCAUUAUUACAAUCUUUGAUAGCGAAAAUGGAGAAGUUAGAGUUCGAAUAAAUGCGCACAAUGAUAAGAUCUUUGUACUAGAUAUUCAUCCACAUGAUUGUCGUGUGAUGAUGUCCGCGGGGUAUGAUGGUCGUAUUGUGAUGUGGGAUAUUAUAGACGGUCGUGCUAUCAAGGUUUGGGAUCCGAGUAAUUUGGAGUUUCUUGGUGAUACGUUUGAAUUUCUUGAUGGAAAGUUCCGUGAUGAUGGGGAAAUGUUUGCUGUAAGUGAUGGCAAAGGAAAGUGCCAUCUUAUUGGCAUAGAUCAGACAUGUAAUUAUGAUAAAUAUCGUAUCCGUGCAAAAAAUGGGCAGAGAUUCUUCGAGGAUUAUACGACCAGAUCCGUGGUAUUUUCCGAACGAGAAUGGACGUUUAUUGACAACGAUAGUGGUUUACGCAUUGACCCGUCACAGCAAACGGAAGUACUGAGCUUGGGCAGUGUUCCAUAUGAGAGACAAGUACCUAUUUCGUUAGCACAAGGUAGACGGUCACGCCUUUCAAGUAAGAGACUUAAACCGGAUAUCGAAAAUAAAAAACAAAUUUUAAUUGAAGAAGUUAACAAAUUACAACAGGGGGCAAUAGUGAAGGUGGUUUUAAAUAAGAAGGAGGUAUCGUUGCGCCGUAAGAAGAUUCAAAUUCCAGAAGAGGAUGAUGAUGACAAUUACAUGGACAUUGAUCCGUUAGCGAUCGAAGAACCUAUUAUCCCACUACCUGAUGAUGAUAUUGAUCCUGAUUACGAACCUGGCCAUACAGAUAAUGAAAGGUCUGAUAGUGACAGUGAUGGAUCAUGCAAUUCAAUAGUAAUUGAAAACAAUAUAUCAAUGGAUGAAUACUAUGAAUCCAUUGCUGAAGACAGUGAUUUUGAGCCUCGUAAAACUAGAAGUAAGAAAGCUCGUGCUGCUAUGUCAACACGAAGGACAAAACGUGAACGUAAUUAUUCAGACCAUGAAGAAUCUGUUGUGGAAUCAUCUCGAAAAUCUAGGCGCAAAAGAAGACGUGUUAGCUACAAAGAUUAUUAUGACAGUUCUUCAGACGAACCUUCAACACCCUCGGAUGAUAUAUACGAAGAUGAAUCUGCAGACAUAUCUGGUGCUGAUCCAACUUCACCGCAUAGGGGGAAUUCUGACAAUGAUCAAGAUGACGUUGACGCUGCUAUUUUGGCCGCAGUUGAAGAUGAUGUUGAUAAUGUUGAUAAUCGUCCAGAAUGGAUUAAAAGUGUUAACCCAAAAUCAAUUUAUAUUCCUCAACGCGGGGACAUUGUUGCUUACUUCUACAAAGGUCACCGAACAUUUGUUGAAAGAUCGACAACGGAAUUUGCCGAUUCUAAGCUCGCAAAGGACCUUUCAAAGAAGUCAGUCAGUAAUGCGCUCCCAUAUAACCGCUAUCAACUCAACGACAUCGAAUUUCUUGAAAUACGGGACGUUAAAUGGUUCUCUGGACCUCCAUCAUACGCUACUGUUUCAUGCGUUAUGCUAGAAUAUACGUCGACAGACGAUUCUGUGUAUCCAAUGGAGCCAGAUUUCCAGCAAACUAACCGAAAAGUAGAUAUCUCAUAUUUUGAUAUUGAUGGGGUUUGUGAAUUCCUUGUCUUGUAUAAGCGGUUCGUGACGGGAGUAAAUCAGAGCUUUGAAGUUAAUGAUAAAGUAGUAGUUCGUCUUGAUUCAACUGAUUUCUCCGGAACUAUCGCAAAGGUUAAUCCACUGGAUGACAACUCUUGGUGUGAAUUUCCGACAUAUUUAGUUCAAUGGGAUGAGGAAGGCCAAGAACCUUCGGACUUCUUCACCUGGGAAAUUAGGAAAAGUGGAAUACCAGAGGUUGAUUGUAGUCAAUUAACGGAAGACGAAAAGAGAACAUUCGAUGAAGUCUUGACAGAGUUCAUUGACAAUGAAGAGUAUGUUCUUUUCCAUGAACAUGUUGACUUUGCGCGAUACGCAGAUUAUCUUGAUCACGUUCCAUAUCCCGUGUGCCUGGAUAUGAUGCUUAAACGAGUUCGUAACGGGUUCUACAGAUGCAAACAGGGUUUCAAGAGUGAUUUGGACCAGAUCGUGAUUAAUGCCGUAGCCUAUAACAAGAGAAAUUCAGCAAUUGCAAAAUUAGCAAGCCAAAUGGUCUCUGAAAUUGAGGCUACAUGCAAUAAUCGUGGUACACCAUUAGGAGGGGGUCCUUCAAAAAAGUGGAAAGGCAAGGCGAAAGCUUC